GAAAGAAGGGAUAACAAACUGCAAAAGGAAAGGAAAGGAAAAGAAGAGAAAAUAUGGCACUGAAACUUCACCACUGCCAUUUACAACACUUAACUUCAACACCACCUAAAUUCACUUCUGCUUCGCUUUUACUACUAAAUUUUCAGACACUAUCUGCUUCUAAGGUAAAUGGAACCAUAACAAGGGUAAAAAGUCAAAGAAUAUCAUCAAGACUAAGUAAAAGAAGGCAUAUAUUAUCAGCUUCACUUUCACCUCUUGAUUUGACAGAAGAAAAUAUCAAUCAAGUCUUAGAAGAUGCUAAGGCUGAGUUGGCACAACUUUUUGAUACUUCAGUUGGGAUAACAGGGAAAGCAGAACUAGCAGAAGUGGAUGGACCUUAUGUGAAGCUUAGACUAAGUGGCAAGUUUUGGCAUAAACGUUCUACUGUUGUAGCAAGACUUGGCAAUUACUUGAAGCAAAGAAUUCCAGAAAUAUUAGAGGUGGAUAUAGAAGAUGAGAAACAGUUGGAUGAUAGCCCUGCAAACUUUUGAACCUAGAGAGUUGAAGAGAGGCCUUUAAGUUCGUUCAAAGGCACUAGGGACGAGCUAGUACAGACAGUUUCAUGAUUCCAAAUGUUUGCUCAUAUCAAUUGUCCAAAACUUCAUCAACCGGUCUGAGGGAUGAUGAAGGCGAGCACUAGUUUUGUAGGAUAAUAGCCUCUAUCUUUAUUAGCAGGAUGCUUUUGCCCAUUCAAGGGCGAAAGAUACUAAUACUUGAGAACAAUUUCCCAAGCAUUACUUCUUUAUUUUUUGAAAUCAAACAUUUAUUUCGUGGUGUUUUUAAAGAAAUUUCAAGAUUAAGAUCUUCAGCUUGA